AUGCCUCUGAUACGGGAUUCUGGAACCCUAGCGAUCCGGUGCUUCAAGAGCGUCGAGCACUGCGCAGAUCGGCUAACGGGAGCUGCCGGACCAGUCUUUGUAGCCAUUUGCUGGGUCCUCAUUGUGCUAGGAGGAAUUUCUUUCGUCGAUGUCAUCAUCAUACAUAAACCGCUCUCUUUCCUCCGAAUACUUUUCCUUCCCAUUGCCAUCUUGAUCUUACUCAAUCUCUACUCGCAAUACUACUAUGUCAUCCGUACGCCUCCCGGCAACCCUCAUUCGGUCGUCGAGGAGAUCAAGCGAGAAGCUCCGUGGAUGAUCGAGAAGGGUAGCGAUAGAGAGCAUCGCGGGAUGCUAGCGGACGGAACAUGGGCAGGAGAGAAGCUGAGGAAGUGCGGCAGGUGUUUGGGUCCCAAACCGAUCCGUACGCAUCACUGCCGAGUAUGCCGAAGCUGUGUCCUGGUCAUGGAUCACCAUUGUCCCUGGAUCAAUCAAUGCGUUGGUCUCUACAAUCAACGAUACUUCGUUCUGUUCAUGGCAUGGCUAUCCGUUUCCUGCUGGACGUUCGCUAUCUUGGGCUACCAAGAUUUCUGGCUGAGCAUGUCCUACAAACCAGCUUGGGUUGCAGUGACACCCCCCAUCUUGUUCACGCUUAUCUGGGUUCUAAGCGUCGCACUAGGCUGUGCGGUCCCGAUGCUACUGGUCUGGCAUAUCUACCUGAUAUCAAGAGGCGAAACCAGUAUCGAAGGACAUGACAACGAUUAUUUUACGACGAAAGCAAAGGAAAGGGGUGUGACAUAUAUAAAUCCGUACGAUUUGGGGUCGCGUCGCCAUAACCUGGAACACUACUUCAACGUCGGACCGGGCCGAUUACCAUACUACACCCUCUUUAUGCCUUUCCGAUAUCCUCCAUCAACAAGUGGUUGGCGAUUCCCUCUUCAUCCGAUCGCACUGAGUCGUAGACGACGAAACUCGGAAGUUCCGGAAGACGACCGUUACGGGAACGUCGUCGUCGGUGACGAAGACGAGGGUGAAUUGACGGAUGAUGAAGGAGGCGGAGGUGGUUUGUGGAGCGAGGAUCAGGAGGAAGCGCCUUGGACUUGA